AUGCCUGUCCAGGCAAUAGGACUGGGCACUGCGCCUCCCAACUUGACGAUUGCAAACAUCACCGUACCUCAUAAUAUCUGGGUAUAUAGUCCUUUCAUCAAAGGCUCCUCGAGUUAUGAAGAUGCGUUGGCCUGCCUUCGGAUGUACCGCAAGCAGGUAACGCAACUAAACCACGACCAACGGCUUGAAAUCAUACAAAUUAUCACAGAAGGUCGCUUUUUUAGGACUAGGACCGCGAUGAAAUCGGCAACAGGCCAUAUGUUCUAUCGUUAUGCCCGCGAAAAAGGUUUUGCGCCAGAACAUCUAUCGUGGCCUGAGUACAUCGUCAUGCACGCUCUUUACAAGGGCGACUUACCGCCUCAAUACGUCAGCCCUAUCGAGAAAGCAUUCGGAACGACGGCCAUUGAAGAUUUCUCUUAUUACCCAAGAGAAAUAGAUGGUAGUAUUUCUAAACCGAGCAUACCGAAACCGAAAGUCAGCAUUGGCAAUAGCAUACCAACUCCUGUGCCUAGUCUUCCUAGCACUCAAGACAAGGCUGAUGGUAAUGAGGCCGGUACUAAAGACGACGUUUUGCCCGCUGCAAAACGCCAGAAAACAUCUCCGGGGAUCAAGACAAAGCAGACAUUGGAUACACCAACCACUGUUCAGCAGACACCCAGGGCUACUCCAAUGGAUCAAGCAGCAAAGGACACAGAAAACGGUGCUUUGGCCUCUAUAGAAGAAGCAACCCAGCAGCAGAAAUUCACCACUGCACCAUACAGCGUUACUACACCUAGAACAACGCCACCUAUCAAUCUCGAUAUACGCGAUAUACUAGACCGAUUACCCCCUAAAUCAUCUCCGAAAACGGAGUGGGUACAGAGAAGGCAUUCUCGCCUUGAGGCACUUGAAGAGAGCCACAGGGACCUUACGUCUAAGCUCGACGUGAUGACGACUGCUUUUGAUGCAACAAACACCACCAUUGAAACAAUCAUCAUAGAGGUCAGAGCUGACCGAGAGGGGUACAAUCAUGUCUCGGGCAGUAUCAAAGAUAUGGUGAUGGGAAUGGCAGACUCCAUCAAGGACAUUAAGGAACAGUUGUAG